AUGGUUAUCAUAGGAGGUCGAUUAUCAAAGGAACUCAACGCUUGGCUGGACGAGGUUCCGACAACUCCAGAGGCUGGAUCAUUAGCUUCAUGUCCGCUGCCUGUAUCAAAUGCUAAGGCUAUCAUCGCCCCCCACGCUGGAUAUUCGUAUAGUGGACAAGCUGCUGCCUAUGCUUACAAGUGCAUGGAUCCAGAUUCAAUAAAUCGUAUCUUUAUUUUGGGACCAAGUCACCAUGUAUAUCUAGACGGUUGUGCCCUGUCCAAAUGCGAGAGCUAUGAAACACCAUUGGGCACGCUAAAGAUAGAUUCUGAUACUGUUACCGCUCUAAAGGAAACUGGCCACUUUGAAGAUAUGGACGUGGAUGUUGACGAGGAUGAACAUAGCAUCGAGAUGCACUUGCCGUAUAUAUACAAAGUCAUGGAGGGAAAAACCAAUGGGCCAUACACGAUCGUUCCAAUUCUCGUCGGAGGAAUAAGUACAGCCAAAGAAGCUUUAUAUGGCAAACUCUUGGCUCCAUAUCUGUCACAACCAGGCAAUUUCUUUGUUGUCUCUUCGGAUUUCUGUCACUGGGGUCAAAGGUUUACAUAUACGUAUCGCCACGCAUCUGUCCCAUCACCCAUACACUCUUCCAUCGAGGCUCUGGAUCGAGAAGGCAUGACUUGCAUCGAAUCCUUGGAUGUAGCCAAGUUUGCGUCCUACCUCAAGAAGACCAGGAAUACAAUAUGUGGAAGGCAUCCGAUUGGAGUGUUGAUUAAUGCAGUCGUAACUGCAUUCACUGCUGUGACACCCUCAUCAUCCUCAUCUGCUGCUAGUAACAAGACUGGCAAGAAGGAUGCUGCUGGUCCUGAAAUCAAGUUUAUAUAUUACGCACAGUCGAGCAAGGUGGCUGAUGAGCGUGACUCUUCUGUGUCUUAUGCAAGUGCAUAUUGUCUUGGAGCCUAG